AAAAACGAUUAUUGCGAAUGUCAAGGAAGUUACGUCACGUAUUAGCGUAAUAGACGUACAUUACUAAAAGAUAGUAAAAAAGUGAAAGGCUGUGUACAAAUUAUGACCGAUUAGUUUGUAAUUAUAAUACGCUGUAGGGUGCUGUUAAUAGCAGGUUCCAUUGAAACGACCGAAGCCAGUCGCCAGGCUGUUGUGACAGGAGACGUUAAUUACUGCAAUACCAGAACCGAUGGCAAAAUACGAUGACGACGUCCUUCCUGACAAAGACGUGUCCAAGGAAUUUUACGCGAAGUACGAGCCGAAGGAGAUCCUGGGACGAGGGAUCAGCUCGACCGUGCGGAGAUGCGUAGACAAAGAAACCGGCUUGGAGUACGCAGUGAAGAUCAUAGACAUCAGCACCGAGCCGGGCGCCCUGGCUUGCACGCGCGAAGAAAUCAGGAUCCUGAGGAUGGUCGCCGGUCACAGGUACAUCAUCAAACUUCACGACGUCUUCGAAUCGACCACAUUCAUCUUUCUCGUCUUCGAGCUGUGUCGGAACGGAGAGCUAUUCGAUUACCUUACUGACGUGGUGACCAUUUCUGAAAAGAAGACCAGGUGUAUCAUGAGGCAGCUAUUCGAAGCACUUAAGUAUAUCCAUCAGAAGGACAUCGUCCACAGGGAUCUCAAACCGGAGAACAUCCUCCUCGAUGAGAACUAUGAUAUCAAGCUGACGGACUUCGGCUUCGCUUGCACCCUCAGGAAAGGCGAAUUGCUAACAGAAUUGAGAGGCACUCCUGGCUACCUGGCUCCUGAAUUGCUCAGAGUCAAUAUGUUCGAUGACGUAGAUGGCUAUGGGCUGCCCGUUGAUAUCUGGGCCUGCGGUGUCAUAAUGUACUCCCUUCUAGUCGGAUGCCCACCCUUUUGGCAUAGGAAACAGUAUAUCACUAUUAGAAACAUUAUGGAAGGAGUUUACAACUUUUCAUCACCAAAGUGGGCUGAUAUUUCAUUCGAGGCUAAAGAUCUCAUAUCGAAACUUCUUGUCGUGGAUCCCCAAGAGAGAUAUACAGUGACUGACGCCCUCAGUCACCCGUUUUUUAAUGUGACACUCUGGGAACAGGAUAUAGCCCCGCUGAAAGAAUCUCUCAGUCCAACAUCGAGGCGGCUUUCCAUCAUAUCGCAGAUGGCAGCUGAUCUCAAAUCCAAGUUCCUGCCGAGGAAAAAAUUCAUAUACGCCGUCUACUGCGUACUUGCUGUUGUUCGCCUCUUAAGACGUGCCGCAGUACCGAAACCGAUUUUCGUAUCCGCCUGUAUCAACGAUCCGUACAGAAUAAAAGAUUUACGGGAGGCGAUAGACAAUUGUGCUUUUAGGGUUUAUGGGCACUGGGUUAAAAAAGGUGAAGAUCAAAGCAGAGCUGCACUUUUUGAAAUGUCGCCAAAAACAGACCUCAAGUCACCUUAGAACUUGUGCUUGUUUGUUUGAAAUAACAUUUUGACUUUUAUUGUA